AUAAACCUGCCCACAACCCAAUUCACGCCGCCGCCGUCCUCCCCCCUUCCCCUCCCCCACUUCUUCCUCCUCCUUCUUUUUCUAAGUUGCGCCGCCGCCGCCCGCUUCUUCUACCGGUGGUCGCCGGUCCCCGCCGCUGCCGUUUCAGACCUCUUUGGCCAAUUUUUUCCGGCGGCGGAAAACAUAAAUAACUAAAUGAAAUGAAAAUUGAUUUAUGCCAGUGCAGUACGAGCCAGCAGUAGGGACGGCCUAAUUUGUUUCUGGCAUCUUUCCACGUUGUCUGUGGCUUUGCCGCCGUCGGCCUAGUUAGUUUUCUUCACCGUCGUGUUUGGAUUCACAGCGCAGUUGUCUCCGUCUACGUCUUUAUCUUCCUCUUAUCUGUUUCUGCUUAGUCCGUCUUCAUCUUGCUCGGCUAAACCACCACGUGAAGAAUGCUUUCAGGUGUGAAUGUGGGGAACCUGCAUCAAUCUCAUUUCUUUUCUACCCACAAAUGGCAAGAUCUAAAUCGGAAAGGAAUGCAUUUAUCUAGAAAACAGACCUUACCCACAACAAUUAUGGCUUGUGCAUUGAACCAAUCAACAAAAGUUUCUUUCACACACAAGGGUGAAGAGAAUAGACCUCUGGUUAAAAUGUGCGGUAUCACAUCAGCUAGAGAUGCAGCCAUGGCAGCAGAAGCUGGUGCAAAUUUUAUUGGGAUGAUUCUUUGGCCUAACUCGAAACGAUCUAUUUCCCUCUCUGUUGCCAAAGAGAUUUCGAAAGUGGCGCGGGAACAUGGAGCCGAGCCUGUUGGUGUGUUUGUAGAUGAUGAUGCAGACACUAUCUUAAGAGCUUCUGAUGAAGCUGACCUUGGAUAUGUGCAGCUCCAUGGGAAUCGUUCUCGAGAUGCUUUUCAAAACAUAGUGAAAGAUAUCCGGAUAAUAUAUGUUCUACACGCAAAUGAAGAUGGAAAACUUUUGAAUUCAAUUUCGGAUGAGCGAUCAUCUCAAGUUGAUUGGAUUCUUGUUGAUAGUGCUACAGGUGGCAGUGGGAAAGGCUUUAACUGGUCAAAGUUCAAAUUACCUGCUAUCAGUAGCAAACAUGGAUGGCUAUUAGCUGGAGGAAUUAACCCUGAGAAUGCAUAUGAAGCUCUAACGACUCUUCGGCCACAUGGGAUUGAUGUUAGCAGUGGCAUUUGCGGUCGUAAUGGGAUUCAAAAGGAUAAACAGCGGAUAUUGUCUUUCAUGAAGUCAGUCAGUUCUGUGCAUUAUUGAGGUAGCAAGUGUGGAUGAAUCUCAAACAAAUGAAUGUGUGAUGGUAUAUGAGCAGAUCAAGACUGUUAACAAUGUUGAUGAUCAAAGGCUAACAAGGUAAGAUUGAAAUCUUUAAUCAUAAAAUGACAUGGAUCUGUGAAUUAUUCUUCUAAUUUAUCCAUGGAUGUAUUAUAAGUGCAGAAAGUGGUGAUAGCAGUAUAGCACUCGAGGACAAAACAUCUGAAUAUUGAUCAUAAGUUGGUGUGCUUAGAUAUAUUUUGGAAC